UGAAUUUGUAAUUUGCAAUUCGUAAGAUCGACUGCCUAGAAGCAUAGGUACUCCUUUUAACUGGUACCCUUCGUGAAAGCUAUGCUGACAUUGUUUGUUUUCCGUUCUCGGAACGGAAAGGAUCGGCAGUGAAAUUGUCAACAGUAGCCUAAUAGAUGGAUUAUUUCCCAAGGAAUAUUAUUGCAGUUCUUUUUUCGUAGUCGUAGUAUCUAGUGCCUAGCUGUGCUUCUCAAAAUGGCAACCCGUGAAAAGAAGCCCAGAGCAGCGAAUUCAGACUCUCCCACUCCAUCCCUUGGCGGAGGUAGCGAUUCAGCCCCCUCGACCCCGACCAGUAAAUGCAAAGGCAGUCGCACAUCCUUGAGCAGACAAAAAUCCAAACAGCUGCAGAAUAUAAAUGAAGAUUCUGCACAAUCAACAGAUGAUAUUAACGAAGUCGCAGCAUCCGAUCCGGCUAACACCAGUGGUGGAAGCUCCGGUAAAAGCGCUACCAAUAGUAGAGCCACAAGGGCCACUAAAGAGGAAAAUUCGGAAAAAACACCGAGCUCCAAAACCAGGGAAACCGACAAGGAUGAUUCUAAGGAGGCUAAACCGCCCACUAAAAAGAAGAUUCCAUUGAAGAAACCUCUGGCUCGUAAUAAAGCCAAAACUACAGUCACUGCUCUCAAAAAAACUACGUUAUUAAAACGUAAAACCAGACCAAUUGUUGGCAAACCAGUGCUGGGCAAAAAAGUAAGGGCGCGUAAACAAAUUGAUGCUAAAGGCAAGAAGGAAGUGACCGUGACCGUGAAAGAUUCCGAUUCGGGUGGUAAAAACAACACUAACCUGCGCAAUGGAAAAAAUCGAGCCAGCGAGAGUCCUGUUCCAAAGCGCAAAGUCGUUUCUUCAAAAGAUAAAGAGAAAUCACCGAAGACGGAGCCAACCACCCCGAGUAAGGGUGACACGGUAAAACCAGAACGUCGUCGAUCCGAGUCCAUCUCAAAAUGUUCAGAUGCAACUGAGACUAGCGUGAAGGACGAGGACGACAGAGUUAGUCUGCCUGAAAUCAAGAAAGAAAUACUAGAAGACACAGAUACUAAAUCCAAGAUAUUGGACAAAAUGGCAGGAACGUUUAACGAAUGUAAAACUCCAACUCCUGUUACAGUGAAGGAUGACAAAUCGGUUCGACGAAGCUCACGACAGCGUAAGAGUACAGCUAAGGAUAAGGACGAUUUUGUAACCCCCAAAAUAAAAGCACCAGUUGAGAUUAAGUCCGAACCCAUGGACACGGAUGAGACGGAUCCGGCUCCCUUAACGAUUGACACCGAGACUCAUCCUAAAGAGGUGCCCAGUAGUGAGCCGGAAAAAGAUUCUUCUCUGAGCCCGGAACUGGUUAGCGAAGGUGUUUCGGAAAUGAGUGUUAAAGAGUUUUAUAGUGAACCGGCGUUUUUGGAAAAUAAUUUAGGCAUUGAAAAGGAUCCGAAGCUGGGCGAAAUUGUGCAAGGCCAGGAAAAAAUAAAACUUGAUAAAUGUGGUGAUAGUAACAAAGCGAUUGAUUCUAAUGGUAGUACUUCGGUAAAUGACCCGAAACCAGAAAUAGAACCAGUCGUUAUCAAAGAAGAAAAGAUAGAUGAGGAUAUCAAAAUUACAAAACCAGAAGAAGUUGAAGUGGAAAAAUUAAAGGAAAUCAUUGGUAUCGUAGGUGGUGAAAGUGUGGCCAUUAAGAAUACUUCAAUACUUGUAGUGACUUCUAAAGAAGAAAAUCCUUGCGGAAAUGAAUCUCCGCUCUCGGAUCAUUCUUCGGGGAAAGACUCAAUAACGGGUAGCAAAGACAAUAGUGUAGUGAUUAAUAAAAAGUUAGAAUCGCGUUCUGAUUCUGACGGUGAACGACCGGCCAAACAAAAUACUCCCAAGUCCAAAACUAAUAUCAAGGAACCUAAACCAACAAAAGUUCGAAAUACUAAAGAUAAAUCGAAAGAAGACGAAAAGUUGAAGGAAGAAAAAUUGCGCCAGGAAAAGCUUCGUGUCGAAGAAAAAGUACGCGAAGAAAAGCUCCGAGCCGAACGGCUUAAGCUGGAAGAAGAGAAAAAGUUACACGAAGAAAAAUUGCUCCAAGAAGUGAAGGAAACUAUUGAGCAAGAUGUAAAGUCCCUUAGCUGUGAUGUCGAGGGUAAGCAAGAGUGUACCACAUCUGUCGAUGAAGUGAUCUCGGUUAUUGAGAAAGUGCUUCCCGUAACAACCCAAACCACUCUAAGUCUAACGUCUGCUGACUCUCAAUUGGUGCUAUCUGUAACCUCUGCAGAAAAAAUCAAAAUUGUUGAACAAUCACAUACUGAAGUGUCUAAAGUUGAACCCAUUCUGACCAAUGCGGUUACGCUGGAAAACCUCCCGGCAAUCACCCUUCUAAAAAAAGACCCAAAACAGGUCAAAGAUAACGUAAAGUCUGAAACCGUGCAGCUCAAAGCUGAACUUGAAAUCCUACCCCUGAAGGAAGCAGUGGUGGCUAAAGAAGAAAAACUCAAAGAGCUGGACUCUGAGUCACCUUUACAGAUAAUUUCCAAAAGUGAAAAUGCUGCAGCUGCAGUAACUGUCACAACCGUUACGGCCAAGGGAAGCCAAUCGCCCCUUAGCAUUAUAAAAAUACAGACUGAUGAAAACUCUGUUAAUACCGCUACUAUAUUCAAAGAAAUUCCAAUAGAAACCCGUGUAAUCCAGAAUGAUGAUCCCGAAGCGAUUCAAAAUUGCGACCCAUCAAAACAACAGCUGGAUGAGACAAAGACUGCCGAAAUAAGCGCGCCUAGCGUAAAAGAAGUGCUUUCACCAGUGGUGGAAUCUUCAACCACAAGCCCCAUUCCUACAGCCUCACCACCCUUGGUUCUCGAAGAGCCAGACGACAUUACCAACCAGAAAGAGUCGCACUUAGCACAUUUAGGUUUGAUAACCCUCAAAGCGGCCUGUGCCGAAAAACAACGAAGGAAGGAGUUGAAUUUGCUAAAGCCGGUAACAGCCAGUGGCAGUUCCGGCAACAGUGGGUACACUUCCUCGUCCAGCAGUAAGUCCGGUAAGUCGAACAGAAGCACUGAGUCGACCGGAACUCUCAAAACUGUGAUAAAGCUCAAUCGAGGUGAAAAACGAAAACCUCGGGUGCCACUCAAGAUGACCCUUCAAAAGGGAAAAGGCAAAGGUGCCGAAAAAGAUGCCAACGGUGGCGACGGAAAUGGGGAAGCUUCCUUCUACAUUGUUCAGAAUGAGGCUGAACACCAAAACUCCACCCAGAUUGAUGCAGCAGGAUCUUUACAAGAUGGCGUAUCUUUACCCGAAGUCGUCGCUGAAGUUGCUAAAGAAGUGGUUCAGAAGGCUCCGCUCGUUAUCCCGGAAAAAGCAUCCUCGUUCAAUGUACACCCGGAACGUCUGUGUCAGGACCAGUGUUUCUAUUGUGGUGGCAAAUUCGGUUUAUACGAUACUCCGUGCCACAUUGCUGCCAUGAAAUCGUCAGAACGACAGCAGAACAUUCUAGCCAGCGAGGUGAAAAUUAAAAUUGAUAGUUGCCUUUGCGAUGCAUGUUUCCGUCACGUAGACCGGAAAGCCAACUGUCCCUCUUACCGCAAGAAAACAGAAGCCAAAUCGUUGUCAUCAUUGGCAAAAAUUCAAAACAGCAUCGAUGAUAGGAAUCAGGAAUUAUCUGAAGUACCAAACAGUUCCUCUGUCGAAUCGCUUCCUCCGUCGACUGAAGAUUUAGAAAUCGUAGAAGAGAAGAUUCAGGGUAGCUGUCAUGUGCUAAAUUGCGGCUCGAAUGCUUCCCACACGAUUCGGCGCAAGUGGAUGCUUAAGAUGAAGAAAACAAUUAACAAAAUACUAGAAAUCAACCUGGAACAAUCAAAUUUUUCCACUAAUUUAAUCCCCAUAUGCGAUGGGCACUACGAGUUGAUCAGCCAUUUGAUGAUUUGCGCGAUGUGCAAACGGCGGCUACCAAAGAACCAUAUUUACUACAUUGUCAAUGAAAUUCCACAGCUAGAACGAUUGAUCCAGGAACAAGGUAUUGCCAUGAAGCUGGGAAAUUCAACAUUGGUCGUGUGCAAGCUUUGUAGAUAUUAUGCUAACCUUUUGUUGAAACCUCCAGAUGCUAAAUCACAAAAGGCUCAGUUUAUCAAAAACUACAAUCGAAGAUUGCUCCAGUUCUACGAACGUGAAAACGAACAACAGGAUUCGUCUAGCGAUGGUGGCAUUGGUGGCAAUAAAAACACCCAGGAACAUAUUACCCGCAUCGUAACACAGCCCGAUAUCGUUAUCUCAGAUGGAGAGGAAGAUGAAACCUCCAACUUUGUCGAAUCAGGAAUGGUGGGCGAGAGCGUUUCUUUACAACGAAGAAGCGUUCAACAGAAACCCUCAUCGCGAAAUAACACGUCUCCUGAAAUCGAAGAAGUGACCAUUACUCCAACACCCAAGGUUGUUCCCGUAGGGCCCUCGGCGAACGUGAGUGGAAACAGCUCAAUUGUGCUAGACACAGAUGUGUCAAUCGAAAUUGCCGGAUCAGCCGAGAAGCGACGUAAAGACGAAAGUAUAGAUAUGGCCAGAGCACUUAAGGCUAAUCCCAACAUUUCAAUGCGUGAGCUGUUUCCGGGU